GUAGUACAAAAUUUUUUAUCAUACUACUGACAACUUAUUAUUAUAUGAUAGAACAUUUCUAUAAAAUGAACGCAAAAAUAAUUAUUUUUAUAUUUUUAGUUGUCUGUUUUACACCAAAACUUUUUGAAGCUAGUCACAAUGCAGCAGCAGAAAAAUCAGUAACAGAAUUUGCAGAAGCAAUGGCAUCAGCAUCAGCUGAAUUGGAAAGAUAUGUUGCAAUGAUUAAAAGUACUGGCAGAAAAGAUGCGGAAGAUCUUGUUCUUUGUUUGAAAAAUAGUGUAUUUGAAUUUACGAAUUAUACUGGUGAUCGAAGUCUGGACAUAUCUUUCGCAGACAUAACUACAAUUUUAUUGGAUUAUGGAAGAUCCAAAAAUAAGGAACAAGUGAAAAUGUUUUUUCGAACUUUCCUCGAAAGUGAAUUGAGUGAUGAACUUAUUACCGCUAUUAAUGAUUAUCCACGUGAAAAUAUUCGUGUCAAGGAUGCAUUGCGUUUAUUUAACCGUCCUCUUGAAAGAAGAAAGAAAAUUGUUAUAGUUAUAUCUGAUGACGAUUAAUUUCAUAAAAAUAUAUUAUUUUAUAUGAUACAUGCUAUUAAAAUAUUAAUAUAGAUGAUUAAAAUGACGAAAAUAUAAAACAAAUAUAAAUAAU